UUAUUUAUUUUGCUGCCUUUUCAUGAAGAGUAUUUUCAUUUGACAAUGGAUUCUGAAAACUUGGAUCCUUCGAUGAGCAAUGAGGGCUCAACAAUGCUGAAUGCUGGCUUCCUGAAGUCUGUGCUGCCGGCCUCGGCCAGAGAGUUGAUCCGAAAUGGACUACUGAGAGGUUCGGCCACCUCCGGGAUGUCCCAAGGUUUCAAGCAAGCCAACAUUGUGAUAUUGGACAAGAAAUUUGCUGAUGACUUCGAGCAAUUUUGCUUGGCAAAUAGCGGACCACUACCAUUACUGUACAGGAGUAAACCUGGCGAGUGGAGUUCUCCACCACUCAGCACCAGUUCUGAUAUCAGAACUGAUUGCCCACAGUACAUCAAAUAUGAGAGAGGAAACAUCGCAGGCAAUCUGAGCAGCCUUGUAGAAUACACUGAGCAGUUAAAGGACAUGGUUACAUUUUACCUGGGAUGCAGCUUUUCCUUUGAGAGCGCUCUCCUCGAGGCUGACAUUCCAGUAAGAAACAUUGAACAAGGACGCAACAUCAGUGCUUUCAAGACAUCUAUUCCAUGUGUCAGUGUUGGUGGUUUCCAGUGUAACAUGGUGGUCACUAUGCGACCUAUCCCUGUGGAGAAGCUCGAUGCAGUUGUGCAAGUAACUCAUCACAUGAAGGAUGCUCAUGGUGCCCCUGUGCACAUCGGCCAUCCAGGGUUAAUUGGAAUUGAAGACAUGCUAAACCCAGAUUUCGGAGAUGCAGUUGAAGCACAUCGUGGUGAUGUUCCAGUCUUCUGGCCCUGUGGAAUUACUGCAUCAGAAGCUAUUAGGAGCUGCAAAUCUGGUCUGGCUUUCACCCAUGCUCCUGGCUGCAUGUUCAUUACUGACCUGCAGAGUGAGCAGGAGGUGGCCAGUGACUUUGCUGCUGAUGCAGAAAUCCCACAUGUUUUUUGCAUUUCUCAGAAUCCAGUUCACUAUAGCGUUGCCUCGGCUGCUGCUGUAGAAAAAUUCAAAGCCUUGGAUAGUCUGAUUCAGCAAGAUCCAGGCAAUCGAGGAAUCAAGCAUUUGUUAAUUGAAAAACAGCUGCUAAAAGCAUGUCUCUCUCUUUCAAAUGCAAAAUCUGUGCUCAUAACCACUGGAUUUCCAACCCACUUCAAUAACCAGCCUCCAGAAGAGACAGAUGGUCCUCCAGGAGCUAUUGCUAUAGCAGCCAUGUUGCAAGCCCAGAAGAAAAACGUUGUCAUAGUAACAGAUCAAAGAGCCUUAGAGAUGAACAAAAAGAUUAUUGAAGAAGCAGUUGAGCAAGGAAGGUUAAAAACCCCUGUCCCUAUUGUUAGCUUCCAGGAUAAUGGCAAGGAUUCAGCCCUCAUGUUCCUUUGUCAUGAUGGUGAUCCCCAGUUUCCAAGGUUUGAUCAUCUCAUAGCAAUAGAACGAGCUGGAAUGGCUGCAGAUGGCAAUUACUACAAUGCACGGAAAGUAAAUAUUAAACACUUGGUGGAUCCCAUUGACAAGCUUUUCCUAAAAGCACAGGACAUCCCUGGAAUUUCCACAACAGGUAUUGGAGAUGGAGGGAAUGAACUGGGAAUGGGAAAGGUGAAAGAGGCCGUGAAAAAAUACAUAAACAAUGGGGAUCUCAUAGCUUGUGAUGUUGAAGCAGAUUUUACAGUUAUUGCAGGUGUAUCAAACUGGGGAGGUUAUGCUGUAGCCUGCGGUCUGUACAUUCUCAAUAGCUGCGCAAUCCACGAACGCUAUCUACGCAAAGCACUUGGGUUUCCUAUGACAUCUGAAAUGGUUGGCUACAUCUUGGCACUGCCUACAGUCCAGAAGGAAGAAAAGCUGUUGGAGUUGUUGGUGAAACAUGGAAUUCGAAGUGGAAAAACUGGGAAUCUGGGAAUGGAAGUGGAUGGCUUGCCCUUUCAUGAUACGCACUCCUCUAUGAUCAGACAGCUGCUGGAAAUCACACUGGGACAGGCCCAAUCAACCUAAUGCACAAAGAUAGGAAACUAGAAAAAGAAUUCAGUCAUUAAUGCUCGCCUUUUAACUGAGGAAAUUCCAGUUAGUUUGCACUAAAUGGUGUAGUAAUAGUUUCAUGACAGGUAGGUAAUAAUGUAGUUAAAUUUUUGAUUACUUUCAUGACUAUGUUAUGUUUCAAUUUCACUUCAAGAAUACACUAUUUUCCUUCCACAAAACAGGUUAUUCCAGAGAAUGUGUUAGUUGUUUCUAAUCUUAUUCUUUAGAUAAUUGUUCAUUUUCAUAUUAAUUCUGGACACUGCAAAAUUUAAUGAAGAAGAAAGGCAAGGUUUAGUAAAUAUUUCGCUCACCAAAGUAUUUUAUGGUCAACCUUUGUUGUUCCAGGGAAAGCACCCCAAGUCUCUCCAAACUUUCCUCAUAGGUCACACCCUCCAGACAGGCAACAUCCUGGGUAAAUCUCCUCUGUCCCUUCCAUAAUGGAAUCACAUGCUUCCUAGACUAUGGAGACCAGAACUACAAACAGUAUUCAAUUAUGGCCAAACCAGCAUUUUAUAAAGUUAUAGCAUAGCCUCCCUGCUCUUGUAUUCUGUGCCUCAGCUAAGAAUGCAAAGUAUUCAAUAUGCCUUCUUAACUACAUUAUCUAACUGCCUUGCUACCUUCAGCGAUGUGGAUAAACGCACAAAGGUGCCUCUGAUCUUCAGUAGUUUCUAUAAUCCUACCAUUCAUAGUGUAAUCCCUUAUCUUGUUAGCUCUUUCCAAGUGCAUUAGCUCUCACUUCUCAGGGCUGAUACCAUUUGUCACUGUUCAGCCCACCCAACCAAUCUUUUCUGCAAAAAUUCUUUUCUUAUCAUAUCCAUAUUAGAGUACAAUUUUAGAUUGAAAAAGAGGAGGACUUACUUCUUUGAAAUGCACAAUAAAAUAUUGAGGCUAGCAUUGACCUCAAAACUGUGGUAAAUAAAUCAUUUGGUCACAACUUGAAUAUAUAUUUAACAUAGGUGGUGGAUCUCAGUUUAGAGAAUAACUAAAAUAAAGAAGUUACAUCCUUAAAGCAGCAUGUAUAUAUAUCAGACAUGGUGAUGGAAUGAAAUGAUUUCAGAGAAAAACACUGAUAUCACAGUAUCUAAAACAUGACUCACAAACAAGUGAUUUAUCUUUAAUGAGCAAUGACUGAAAAACAUUAUCUGAUCAUUGUCUCAUUGCUGUUUGUGAGACAACAUCGCUGUGUGAGAAUAGCCUGACACACUUUCUUACAUUAUAGCAGUAACUACAAGACAAAAAUUACAUUUUUCUGUAAUGUUGUGGAGUCUUUCGGGUGUAAAUAUGCUACAUAAAUAGAAGAAAAUUUA